AUGUCGGCACCUUCGACAGACAUAUCACAGCUCUCGGAAGAGCAGCAACUGGCACUACAACAAGUCACGUCUGUAACAGAUCAAGAUCUCGACACAGCUUUGGCCUUGCUACAACGCUGUCAAUGGAAUGCUCAGAUCGCCAUUACACGCUUCUUCGAUGGCGACGCUGACGUUGUCGACGUCGACGUGCCUCCGCCGCAAGACUCACGCCGAUCCGAGAACCUGGCCGCCAGCCUCGAUGCCGCCGCUUUCGCCAGAACGAGACCUGCACAGCAUGGCUUGCAACAAGCUCCGCGCGUUGUGCCCACGCCAGAAAGCCAGCUGACCCAGCCAGCACCCUUUGUCUUACAGCUACUCUUCCUGCCCUUCAACCUUACCUACUCCAUCUUCAGUCGUGUCUUUGGCGCACUAGGUUAUCUAUUCCCCGUCAUACCUCGUCUUCUACACCGUCUCCUGCCGCUGCAAUCAGCCCGAUCCAACAACUCCGAUAGACGUCCACUGAACCCCCGCGACACAGCUUCACGCUUCAUCCGCGUUUUCGAGGAAGAGUACAGCGUCGAACCAAAUACCAUACCCUUCUUUGAAAACGGCUAUGCCCAAGCUUUUGACCUUGCCAAACGGGAGCUCAAAUACCUACUGGUUAUCCUGCUGUCCCCCGAGCAUGACGAUACUGCCCCAUUCGUCCGUGAUACAUUACUCUCGCCGCACUUUAAGGAAUUCAUACAAUCCCACGCCUCCGAUAUGAUUGUUUGGGCCGGAAGCGUUCAAGACUCAGAAGCAUACCAGGUUGCCAACGCCCUCAACGUCACCAAAUUUCCCUUUACCGGCUUGAUCGUCCAUACCCCCUCUGUCUCGUCUACCUCCAUGUCACUCAUCGCUCGUGUUGCUGGUCCUGUUCCCCCAUCGGAAUUUCUCGCCAAGAUGCAAGAUGCCAUGCAAAAACGUGAUCAGGAGCUGGAAGGCGCAAGGAGACAGCGCUCUGAACAACAGGCUUCAAGAUCUCUCAGAGAAGAGCAGAACAGCGCAUAUGANGCGAUCUUUGGCUCAAGACAGGGAGCGGGCUCGCCAAAGAAAAGAGGCGGAAGCUGCUCGUCAAAAGCAGAGACCGAAGAAAGAGAACGAGCAGAGGUAAAAGCACGAAAGGCGCAAAACAUAUUGCAGUGGAGAAAAUGGCGUGCACAAUUGUUGCCACAAGAACCUGCUCCCACUGUCAGCGAUGUAGUGCGUAUCAGUGUCAGGAUGCCCUCCGGCGAAAGGGUAAUACGCAAAUUCGGUGCCGAUGCUGAGCUCGAAGAGCUAUAUGCAUUCGUCGAAUGCUAUGACAUUAUGCAGAGCGAUGAACCGGCGUCAGAGAAGGACGUCUCCGAACCAAGCGGCUACAGCCACGAGUACGACUUUCAACUAGUAUCGCCCAUGCCCCGAGAAGUGUACAGUCUCGAACAGGGCGGUACUCUGAAGUCUCGCGUUGGGAGAAGCGCCAAUCUCAUGGUGGAAAAGUUGAUAGAAGAGGAUGAUGAGGAGGAGGAAGAAGGCGAAGGAGAAAGCUAG